AUGGCUAGACAGCUUCACGAUAUAAUAAACGCAGCUAAGUUUGAUGAACGGCUUUUCUGGGCAACCUUUGCACAUCCACCGCAACAGCUGAACAGUCUGAAUAGCCAUCCACACCCUAUAAGCAGUCCAAUAGAAGAUGAGAACGACAAGUAUUACUUCUUCACCAUCGACCAGGACCUCGUUUAUCUCUCUUUUUCAGGCGAUUUUGGUCCCUUAAAUUGCGCGCAUCUUUAUAGAUUCUGCGUUCUCGUGCAUGAUCUUCUCAGAGAUCCAGAACUCGCAGACAGAAAGCUCGUUUUAUAUUCGUCUACAGACCCACACAAGAAGGCGAACUCAGCCCUGCUUUUAGCUCUUUACGCCCUUAUAGUUUUGCGUCGCUCUCCCUCAGACGCUUUCCAUCCAAUAGCUGACAUCGAGUUCAUCCCAUUCAGAGACGCCGGACGUGGUCGCUGCGAUUUCCAUCUGUCGAUUUCCGAUUGUAUCUGGGGUUUGCACAAAGCUAUCGCUCUUAACCUACUCCGUAUGGAUAAAUUCGAUCUCGAGGAAUAUGAAUGGUCAGAGAAGGUCGAAAAUGGUGAUUGGAACUGGCUCACUCCUCACUUUAUUGCAUUUGCAUCUCCAGUCGAUCCUUCUUACGUUAGAAUGAUACAGGCAAGACAAAAGGUUGGGAAAUCUAUCCUCACUGAGAGAGCCGACCUCCCGAGGAAGUUGCCAUCCUCGUUUAGACAACUCCUCGACCACUUCUCCCAGGCAUCCGUCAAGCUCGUUAUUAGAUUAAAUAACCCACUCUACGACUCUAAAGAAUGGUUAGAGAGAGGUGUUGAUCAUAAGGAUCUCUAUUUUGACGAUGGUACUAACCCAUCUGAUGAAAUUGUUAAAUCCUUUAUCCACAUGUGCGACCAUGUUAUAUCGAAAGGGGGCGUUAUUGCUGUUCAUUGUAAAGCUGGUCUCGGUAGAACCGGAACUUUAAUUGGUGCUUAUCUUAUUUACAAACAUGGUUUCACUGCGAAUGAGGUUAUCGCACUUAUGCGUAUAAUGAGACCUGGAAGUGUUGUUGGUCCUCAACAGCAAUACAUGUAUCAAAAACAGUUCGAUUGGGUCCGUUGGGGUGUUAUCGACGCGAUGAGAAAGGAAGAGGAGGAUUUGGUCGAGAAGCAGCUCUUGUCAGCCGCAACAGCAGCAUCUACACCACCUUUGCCUGCCAAUGGAAGUGGCCCAAGUACGCCAUUACCUGCUGCAUCCACUUCAAGAGCCGGUAUGGCAGAAACACCCGCUCCUGUUGGUCAGCCAAGAAAGACACCAGGUCCAUCACGCGUUGCGGAUAAGAAACCACCCGUAAAUAAAGUCGACAACGUCGGUCUUAGUCAUUCACCACUCAGACGACCACGCGUCAACAGAAAGAGAUCAUCAAGUAUGCAUUCAGGCAUUGCUGGCGCAAAAUUAGCACAAGAAGCAGCCCAAGCGAUGGGAAGAGAUAUGACGACAAGAUCAUCUACUCGUGUAAACCCAUUAUCUACAUCUGCAACAACAAGCAUCUUAGAAAAAACAUCAUCAGACGGUUCGAACAAGUCUAUACCACCAAGCUCACCUGCUAAGAUUCCCAUUAAAGUUACAUCAGCUUCUCCAAUACGUCAAAGAUCGAUUCGACCGCAACCACCUACGAGAUCUACAACUGAAAUUGUUGAAACUGGACAAAAUGGUUCUCGGAUGGUACCAGCUAAACGCGGUCACAUCUCACCAGCUUCGUCGAUUAGUUCUGUAAAUUCUAUGGGACGCGUGGCAAGAGCCGUAGCUGCUGAUAGCUGGAUUGUAGACUCACCAAAGAAGGAAACAGUUCGUAAGGUAAAUGUUACUAAUAGUCCAACAAAGACUGCAAAUACAGAUAAAUUGGGAACUGGUCUGGUCAGAGGAACACCUUCAUCUAGUCUAACGUCACUUUCAUCAACUAAAUCGUCAAAUGAGAGCGCGUCUGAUUUGCUCUCACCUAAUACCGCUAAUCUCGGCAGGACGAAUGCAUUACGCAGCGUCCGGAGACGUAGAAGUAGUUUAGGUGAUACUGAAGUAGGUGAUCGCUUGUGA